AUGAUAAGAGUAUCAAUAUCACUGACCUUGUUUUUACUAGGUCUUGCCAAUAUUUAAGCUUACACUCCGAGCAAAUAAAUGCAACUUCUAAGUAUCGAAGAGGGAAAUAUAGAAUGUACAUAAUGCACCCUGCACGGUCAUACUUACUGUUAUGAAGAGAUGCCAAAUCUUUAGGCAGGAAAAGAAUUGAGGUCAUUCUGCUGUUAAUCAGAUGACAUAUGCAUGAAUGUGAUCCAAAAACUUUAACAGACUUCUUCUUGGAAAUGCACCCAUAAAGACCUAUCUCUACUCUAGAACCUUCAGCAAUGUCCAUAGAUUCUCUCAUCUUGUGGUCCCUAAAAAAAUAUUUAUGUUGACAAAGUUGAAGAUCUCGUUAAUAUCUUAGAGUUAGAAAAGCCACUCCAUAGUUCUUGUGUAUAUAAAAUUAACACUAAUUCAGAAGGUCUGAUUGAGGAGCUUGCAAUGAACAGUAGCAAGAUAGUAGCUUAUGAAAAACUUAAUCUAACUCAUCCAAGGCUAAGAGAUGAGGAUAUUGACUUUUAUGAUUAGCCUCUGUCGACAAUAGAUGACUUAGAUUUUAGAGGUGCAGGGAAUGUGACCACUUAAAGAGUUUGCCAAUGCUAGCAGGUAGUAAAUUUUACUUCAUACAGAUUUGGACUAGACUGCAAGUGUGUCAACUUUACCAACGUCACAGCAGCCAGAGCAUCAAUACCUGCUAGAUGCAACUGCACAACUUUCUAUAACGCAACUACAAAUGUCAAUCAAACUCUUUGCUAGUGUCCUCCAUCAUCAAAUUACAAGAUCAAUCCUAGUCUUUUGCCUUCUUAAUGCUACUUAACAUCAAAUCUUACAGCUAAUUGCACCUGUCAAAAUACUUCGAGAGCUGAUUAAUUACAGUGUGAUUGCAGAGAUAGAUUUAGUCUUACUAUUACUAAUAGAUCACUUUGUAAUUGUACUGAUGUGUAUGAUCCUAUUACUAAUACUGCAAACUAAAGGUGUAGAUGCUAGAUCCCUUUUCUAAGAUAAGGACUUUCUAACCAAACUUGCAAUUGCACAACAUUCUACAAUUCAACAUUGAGAAUCAACUAACUUCAAUGUUCAUCUUGCAAGGAUAUUAAUACUAACGUAACAACUCUUAACAAAACAUAGAAUACCACAUAUUGCUCUUGCAAGACGGUAAAAAAUGGUACAACAUCUUACGAGAGUUGCACCUGUUCUGUUCCAUUUUGUAUUGUUGAUCCAAGUAACCUAGUUAGAACUCAGUGGUUAAAUGAAACAUGUCGUGGCUGCUAAUCUUUUACUGAUGCUCUUGGUUAAUAGAAUCUUAACUGCGACAAUUGUACAAAUUUAGAAACUGGAAAUGUAACCUUACAGAAAGUUUAAACAAAAAACAACAAUUGCAAUUGUGUCACUAAGGUCAAUAGUGCAACUAAAUAAACUUACUAAGACUGUGAAUGUAGGUAACUUUAAGUCAUAAGAAGUUAUAACUGUAGCUGCGCAAAUGUUACUACUAAUGCUGCAACUAAGGCAUUCGUAACUCUCUGUAAUUGUACAGAUAGGUAUCCAUUCUGGGAAUUAUAUAAUGCUACUGUUGAUAAUUCUGCCUGCAGGAGCUGUGUAACUCUGACAAACCCAACAACAAAGCUCAGGCAAAAUUGGUGCAAUUGCAGCUUACCCGAUUUCCUGUUUAGUCCUCCUCCAAUUACAUACAGAACAACUCAUUCUUGCUAAUGUUAAAAUCUAACUAAUGCCACUACUAAGGCAUGGUACUACGGUUGCAACUGCACAAAUAACUCUACAUUGUAAUAAUACAGAAAUGUUUCAGUAAAUAAUUCGUAAUGCAGUGAGUGCUUUACCUAUAUCAACUCAACAACAAGGCUGUUAAUGUCUUAAUGUGGAUGCAACCUUACUACUGCCCAACAAUAGCAAACUCUCUAUGUUGAACCAAUAAUUCCUGUAUGUACAAUCAAUGAGACUUGCUCUUGUUUAAAUGUAACAAACCCUACUACUAAGUUAACCACUCUUACUUGCAACUGUACAGAGACCCAGACUAAGAGAUUCUAUGUGAGUAAAGUAAUGAAUUUAACUGCUUGUACUUGCUCAAGUGGAUCUUCUAGUUAAGUUUCUUGCAACUGUGCUAAUAUUGUUAAGUGUCCUAAAAUCUAGAACAUUACUUGUACCUGUUAGAAUACAACUGUCAACAAUACUUUGAUUUCAAACUGUAAUUGUACUGACAAUGUUACGACCUCAGCAUUCUUUGUUACUAAUCCUUAUGAUGGAAGAUCCAAUUGCUCGGCUGCAAGGAGAUUUACAGACUCUGUCAAUAAAAGAGAUCUGACUAAUCAAACAUGCUUAGUAUCUUACUACAAUCAAUCAUGUGCUUGUUUGAAUGUCACAAAUGCAACUACAAAAACUUGGAGUUUUGUUUGUAACUGCACAGAUUUUGUAAGAAAUAGUUCAACAAGUCAAAGAGUCGUCAAUUCAACUGAUUGUGUGUGUAAAUCUGCAACAAAUGCAACUACAAGGCUGACUUAUUAGGAUUGUAAUUGCUCAUUACCCUCAGUUUAUGGGUUAGAUCCUGUCUCAAAUUCAACCUUGAGAACUUCAGGCUUGAUUAAAAAUGAGACUUGUGCUUGUCAAAAUGUAACCAAUUCUACCACUAAAUAAUGGUAUCUAAAUUGUAACUGCACGGAUCAACUUGAUCAAUAUUAUUCACUUAAUUAAAGUAGAAAUAGCAACGACUGUAAAUGCGCAUUUGCCCUAAAUUCAACAACAGGACAAGCUUAGCUUAUUUGCAAUUGUGCUAGUAAUGCCAAUCUUGAUAAUUGUUCCUGUGUCAAUGACACUACGAACAAAGGCAAAUUCAAUUGCUCUUGUUUACAGGAUAACAAAACUUAUAAUUCAUUGUUCUUCCCUCAGCAGUGCACAACAUGUGUUUCAAUGACUAAUGCUACAACAAAAGCUACAUAUCAAUAAUGUAGAUGCAUUCAAAAGCCUAUUCAAGUAGUCACUACACCUAAUAAAACUAAUAGCAGUUCACCAGCAGUAUCUAAUCAAACGUGCAAUUGCUAGACAAAGUAUAAUUCAACUAAUACUUUUACAUCACUUAACUGCAGUUGCAAUCAAACCGUGAGAACUAGUUUUAUAAGAAUUGCAACUGUUUGCUCCUGUUCUAAUGCCACUAAUGCUACAACUAGAGCUCCUUAUCUUGCUUGCAAUUGCUCAAUUUCUCAAUCGAAUACUACUGCAGAAAGAACAUUGACCACGUCAAGAACUGAUACUUGCAAUUGCUAUAGUCAAAAUGCCACUUCAUACACUUGCAAUUGUAGAACUCCAAUAAUCUUAUCUCAAUCAAGGCCAAUGUUCAGCUAUCAAAGCACAGAAUAUGAUUCUGCCUGCCAAAAUGCUGGAGAAGGUGACCACAUUUUAUUGAGUAAUAGUUAAACUUACAAAUACCAAUAUCUAGUAGGAGUAUUUGGGUACCAAAAAGAAUAUAAUGACUAGAGGCAUUCUUUAUUCAACAAUGAUAAGCUCUACCAAGAGGUAAAAAUGUGA